UAAACACGAUCUGCCCCUGUGAGUGAAAGAGUUUGGACUGAGCACAUAGCAGCUAUGAGUGUUAGAACGGUCAUCCUGUUGGUCCACUGCUUGCUGGGCACCAGUCUAGCAAUGGAGUGCCGGGAGGUUCCAGGGAGACUGAAGCAGAUCGAUGCAAGCGUGGGUCAGGUUUUCGGGGUGAAUGAAAAUGACAACAUCUACACCCUUUACGGGGACACCUGGACCCAGCUACCUGGGGCCCUAAAGCAUGUCACCGUGGGACCCUCUGGGGUCUGGGGGACCAACAGAAACAACUUAAUCUACAAACUUGUGGGUGCCAACUGGGUUCAGGUGGGAGGCCUGCUGAAGCAAGUGGAUGCUGGAGGGGACCAGUUUGUGGCAGGGGCCAAUAUGAAUGAUAAUAUAUACUGCCUGGGACGGGAUCCCACAGUGGAGUUCAGAAAUUCCGCCUCCCCCGCACCCUGGAAUCUGCUUCCAGGGUUACUCAUGUACUACAGCUGUGGCCCCAAUGGCUGUUGGGGUGUCAAUAGUCUACAGGACAUCUAUUUGAGGACGGGGGUGACUCCAGCAACGUGCAGCGGCACGGGGAACUGGCAGCAGAUUGCAGGGAAGCUGGUGAUGGUUGAGGUGGGAACAGAUGGCAGCGUUUAUGGAGUCAACGCUGGAGGAGAUGUAUACCGCAGAGAUGGCAUCAGUGCCAGUCAACCAGCAGGAACAGGGUGGACCCAACUGACCAUGUGCGGAAAGGGCAAGCAUGUGAGCUAUGACUUGGGACACCUGUGGGUCAUCACCAGUGAUUACAGGAUUCUGGACUGUACCAUCUAAGAGCUUUGUGAUAUAAUCACCACAUUAAGGCAAAAUAAAUGUUUCCUUAAAAAAACAUAUAUAUCCUUAAAUACCUCUAUGAAACUUCAUACUGACAAAUAGUGUGUUUUCCUUAACAUGGUAACACUGUUGCAGAUGCAUCUUAUACAACCCACCGCUUGUUGUGUAACUGAUAACAGUUCUAAGGAAUGGAAUUCUCAGAACACAGUUCCAGCAGGCAUAGGUGCCAUUGUUACUCUGCUUUGUUUUUACAAGCUAUCCCCUCUCUCUUCAUCAAUAAAAGUCUUUUCUCAUGCAUUCCA